AUGGCUGCUGACAUCGCUACCCUCUCGCAGCUGCUCCAGGCGUCGCUCGACCCGCGGCAGAACAAGCAAGCGGAGGCCGCAAUCUCCCAAGAGCAGACCAAGCCCGGCUUCUCCCUCUCUCUCCUCCAGAUCGUCGCCUCGGACGCGAAUCCCCAGACGACCCGACUGUCGGCCGCCCUCUACUUCAAAAACUUCGUCAAGCGGAAUUGGGUCGACGAAGAUGGCAACUACAAGCUGCCCGAGGCCGAAGUCGUGGCCAUCAAGAGAGAGCUCAUUGGCCUCAUGGUAUCCGUACCUGCCAGUCUGCAAGCACAGCUCGGCGAGGCCAUUAGCGCCAUUGCCGACAGCGACUUCUGGGAGCGAUGGGACACCCUAGUCGACGACCUCGUCUCGCGCCUCACUCCCGACAACACGAUCGUCAACAACGGCGUACUGCAAGUCGCACACUCCAUCUUCAAGCGCUGGCGGCCGCUGUUCCGCUCCGACGACCUCUUCACCGAGAUCAACCACGUCCUGUCCAAAUUCGGCACUCCUUUCCUCCAGCUGCUCGAGAACACCGACGCCCUCAUCACAAACUCCCAAGGCAACCCCGAGGUCCUCAAGAGCGCCUUCACAACGCUAGAUCUCCUGGUCAAGCUGUUCUACGAUCUUUCUUGCCAGGAUCUGCCCCCUGUCUUCGAAGACCACAUCGGAAUCAUCUCAGGCCUUCUCCACAAGUACCUCGUCUUCGACAACCCCGCCCUACACACCGAUGAUGACACAGAGUCGGGGCCGCAAGAGUACGUGCGCGCGGGCAUCUUCGAGGUGCUCAUGCUCUACAUUCAGAAGUACGAGGACGCGUUUGGGUCGCACCUGGGUCCCUUCAUCGAGAGCACCUGGAGUUUCCUCAUGUCCGUUGGCCUCGAGACGAAGUACGACAUCGUGGUCAGCAAGGCGCUACAGUUCCUCACCGCCGUCGCAUCCACACAACACGCCGAAGCCUUCAACAACGAGUCUGUCCUAGUCCAGAUCAUCGAGAAGGUCAUUCUGCCAAAUCUUACUCUGCGAGAGUCUGAUGUGGAACUGUUCGAAGAUGAGCCGAUUGAGUUUAUCAGGAGAGAUCUGGAGGGAUCCGACAACGAUACGCGUCGACGUGCUGCCACUAAUUUCCUCCGUAAACUCAUGGACCGCUUCGAAGGACUUGUCACGACUACUUCCCAGAAGUACAUCGACGCCUAUCUCCAGAAUUAUGCGGCCGACCCCCAAAAUAACUGGAAGUCAAAGGAUACCGCAGUCUACCUCUUCACCGCCAUUGCUGCCAAGGGAACCGCCACCGCUGGCCAAGGUAUCAUGAGCGUCAACGAGAACGUCAAUAUAUUCGAGUUCUUCCAGACACAUGUCGCAGCUGACCUUCAGGCUCAAAACGUAUCGCCUAUACUGAAGGUUGAUGCUAUCAAAUUCCUGUACGUCUUCCGCAGCCUGCUAUCACCAGACCUUUGGCGCGCUGCUUUUCCCCUGCUCGUCAAUCAGUUGGGCAACGACAAUUACGUCAUCCACACAUACGCUGCCAUCGCUGUCGAGCGUGCUCUGUACAUGACAGACGACAAACGGCAGCCCAUAAUACCCAAGUCAGACGUUGUUGGCUCAUCGAAAGACUUAUUGACGCACUUGUUCAAGCUUAUCACAAUGAGCUCUGCCCCGGAAAAGAUUCAGGAAAACGAGUUCUUGAUGAAGUGCGUUAUGCGCGUACUUAUUUUCAUACGCGAUGAUGUCCUGCCCAUAUGCGAGUCGAUUCUUCAAAGCUUCAUCAACAUCGUCAAGGUCAUCAGGCACAACCCUAGCAACCCCCGCUUCCAGUACUACAUGUUCGAAGGUAUAGGGGCACUUGUCCGCUUCUGUGCCCCAAAGAAUCCUCAGUUCUUCGAGGAAAAGCUUUAUGAGCCCUUUGCAACCUGCUUGCAGAACAACGUUGAGGAAUUCUCUCCGUAUAUAUUCCAAAUCUUCGCCGCGCUACUAGAAGCAAACCCUUCAGACCAACUGAGCGAAUACUACAGGGGUGUAUUUGGCAUCAUUCUCAAGGGUGCGGUCUGGGAGCAGCGUGGUAACGUCCCUGCGUUAGCCCGACUGUUGAGUGCAAUGGUUGCUCGCGACGCACAAAACAUCGUGGCAAGCAGCCAAUUGGAGCCUAUUCUAGGUAUCUUCCAGAAGCUGGUCACUAGCAAGGCUCACGAGACAUACUCGUUCGAGCUGAUUGAAGCUGUCGUUGCGCACAUCCCAGCGGAUGCGCUACAACCCUACUUUGUCACCAUCCUCCAGCUGAUGCUUACAAGACUGUCGAACAUGAAGACAGAGAACUUCCAGCAGCGCUUCAUUGCGUUCUACCACUUCGUUUCAGCGCGACUGGACAAGGGACUUGGUGCCGACUUCUUCAUCAAGGAGUCUGAUAAGGUUCAGGAAGACAUCUUCAAGCCUAUUUACUUGACUGUCAUUCUUCCCGACACCCAGAAGCUUGCCCGCCCAACCGACCGCAAGACUGCAGUUGUGUCGUUCACCAAGUCUCUGGGCGAUGCGGAAGCCUUCGUUAGCCGUUACCCCAAGGGUUGGGCCCUUACCACACAGCGCUUGAUCGAGCUACUGGUCAACCCGCCUAUGCCCACCUCCGCAGAUGACAUCAUCCCCGAUGCCGAUGUCGACGAGCUCGGUUUCGGUGUCGGCUUCACCCAGCUGAACACCUGCAAAAAGGCUCCACGUGAUCCCUUCCCGGACAUCACCGAUGUGAAGGCAUGGGUAGCUGAAUAUCUGAAAGAUGCGGAUGCACGUCACGGCGGCCGUAUCGUCAAGAUUGUGCAAGAACGUUUGGACGAUGUUUCGAAGCAAGCUUUGGCUGCUUACUUGAGCUAG